AUGCCUUAUGAAGUCUCAAAGCAGCCACCGCCGCCUCCCCAGAAAUACGCUGUUGGUUAUGGCUGGUGGGACGAGUAUAAACAUAGUGUACAGGUAUUGCCCCAUGAACGAAUUGAGCGCUAUGUUCCCGGGCGGUUUCAUCCAGUAGCACUUGGCGAUACUUUUCACAACGGUCGGUAUACAGUCAGAAAUAAGCUUGGACACGGGGGAUUUUCGACCGUCUGGCUGGCGAGAGACAACGACGUUGGGCGUUGGACCUCGUUGAAAAUUAAACAGGCCUACGUCUCGACGACGUCUUUGGACGAUGACAAAGAAGUCAGGGCUUUGAGGGUUCUCGAGCAGAAUUAUGUAUCGAGCAAUUCAUCAAGCCCACCGUGUUUCGCUCGGCUUUUGGACAGUUUCCACCACCAUGGACCAAAUGGCACGCACACCUGCGUUGUCACCGAACUCCUCGGACCAACAUUAUUUCAUCUGGUGGCCAAUUACAAUGAUUAUCAAAUUCAGGAGCUUUUUCGCCCCGAUACCAUUUUAAGGGCCUCUAGACAGCUCCUAGAGGCAAUUCAUAUGGUUCAAGAGUACGGGAUUGUACAUGGAGACAUAUCUUCAGGAAAUGUGGCUUUCACAUGCUACCAGCUGCUCGAAAAUGACGACGAACUUGAAGAGAUUCCCGGGGGGGAUCCCAUCGUCGCCGAGUACACGGCGACCGAACCGUUGCCAAGCCACCUUCCAAAGCAUAUCGUGAGCGCGGCUUCCUGGAAUGGUUGGUAUGAUUACGCAAUGGAGGACGUCAGGUUGGUAGACUGGGGGGAAUCUUUUCCCACCAGUCAGACGGCAACGGCAACUCAUCUUGCUCAACCCUGCGAUCUGAAAUCCCCCGAGACCUUCUUCGUCGGUUCAGUCGACUACCGGCACGAUUUGUGGAGGGUAGGCUGCAUGAUCUACACAUUAUUCCAUCAAAGGUCACCAUUUGGGUUCUCCUCUUGCGAUGCCAAGGAUAUCCAAAAGCAGACACAGGUCAUCGGUCCGUUGCCACCCAAGUGGCACACGAUGUGGUUGAAAUUGAUAGAGGAAAGCCCCAAGUACGAACCAUUACCGGACAACGCGCUCAAACGUCUUGACCAAAGUUUUGAGCCGCGAAGGUUGGCCAUUAUUUCUCACGCAGAAAAGACCUAUGAGAGUGACGACGACGAAUACCAUGUGAAAGACGACUACGAGGCAUUGACUUGUCUCCUAAGCGUGAUGGAAGGGCUCAUGCAGCAUGACCCUGAGAAACGCAGCUUCGCUCAAGAAGCCGCGGCGAAAAUUCAGUGGCACGAUUACCGGAGAGACUUGGGGUCAGAUGUAUCCGAGGAAGACGUUACUGAGAGCGAGGAGGAACAGGAGUCUGACAGCUGA